AGCUCCAGCAGCAAUGGCAGUAACGGCGUUGGUGGCGCGGACGUGGCUUGGCGUGUGGGGCGUGAGGACCAUGCAAGCCCGAGGCUUCGGCUCGGAUCAGUCCGAGAAUGUCGACCGGGGCGCGGGCUCCAUCCGGGAAGCCGGUGGGGCCUUCGGAAAGAGAGAGCAGGCUGAAGAGGAACGAUAUUUCCGAGCACAGAGUAGAGAACAACUGGCAGCUUUGAAAAAACACCAUGAAGAAGAAAUCGUUCAUCAUAAGAAGGAGAUUGAGCGUCUGCAGAAAGAAAUUGAGCGGCAUAAACAGAAGAUCAAAACGCUAAAACAUGAUGAUUAAGUGCACACAGUUCCCCAUAGAAUGGCACAUGUCACUGCCCACUUCUGUGUAGACAUGGUUCUGGUUUAAUUAAUAUUUGUCUGUGUGCUACUAACAGAUGAUAAUAAAUUGUCAUCAGUGAAC